UGCGUGAUGUUAUAUAUGUCGCAGAGAGUCCAGAGAGCUACAGGCCACAGUACACACGUCGCUGGGUAGCAGUAAAGAUCAGUUCAUCCGUAGCCAGUCGUUUCGAGAUAUUGUCUGAAUCCCUGACGUUGCGAAAUAAACGUCAGAGGAUUAAAAAAUAGAGGCUCGGCAGAUCAGAUGCAUAAUCAUACGAUGCAGUGUACCUAAAGUCGUUGCGAUUGCGUUAGACGAACUGUCCAUCAAAGCGUACAAGGCACAAGGAAGCAAGAUGUGAAGCAAAGACCUUAAGGCUGCCCCACAAAAGCAACUCAUGUCCACGUCCCAGCGCAUUCUCUCAAACUGUUUGGCAGUACAAACAAGACCCGUACGCAAUCUUGUUAUCUGAUUAAUAUAACUCCGCGGCAACGUAAUGUCCUCAAACCAGGGUCUGACAUCUCCAAAACCAGCUCGAGUAAAAUAUCUGUUAGAGAAAGGCCACAGGUAAGACAGUCAGGCCUGUCUAUCAGGAUCAAAAACAAGAGAUCGAAGAUCGGACAUGGUGGUCGAUGAUAUGCACUCGAUUACUUCCUUUGUUAAUUUCUUUACAAAUGCGAUCAACUCGCUCAUUUCCCUUUAUGCCAGAGUGCGAAGGAAUCCAUAGAAAACGUAUACCAGUGGAGAAAGAUAUUGGGAAGACCUUGGGGAUAGCUUCUAGGAUACGAUAAACUAAGUCCGGUCCCUUUUUGAAGCGUAAACAAUUAGAAAUACGAUUGAUGGCUGACAGGGAAUCGGAGAUAAUAAGUGGAUCAGGUAAAGAAUGCACGAUGGAAUUUUUUAUUGCUCUAAGUAUGGCAUACAGUUUAGCUGUAAGGAUAGAAACGUUAGGCCGCAAAGAAGUACCCUAAAAAAAUUGCUUGACUCUACAUAGAAUACUCAAGCCGCCAAGCCAUUAGAGGGGUCAUAGGUGCCAUCGGUGUAAAUCAAUGUAGAUUUGGGGUAUGAGUCUCUGAUCAACUCUCGGAAUGCCUCUUUGGGAUUAGAAUUCAGUCUCUUAAAUUCCGCUCGGUUAGCUGCAGAUUGAUUGCUAUUGAUACCAGGUGUUGAGAGAACUUGUAUGUCGAAAAGUGGAAUUCGUUUAUUUGCGAUGUUGGACGAAAAGGGACGAAUAAGGAUAAGAACCUUUGAGUGUCGUGCGAGAGGUGUGAGUCAGUUAUGAAUUUAGCAGUAGAGGAUAUACAGGAAAACGAUUGUGGAGUGAUAAAUAAAUCAAAUAUGAAUUAGCAAAAAUCCUGUUUUAUUUAAAGUUCUGUAUUUUGUGAUAAAUUCCCUCACACCUGUUCUGUCUUCAUUUGGGACAAAUUUUGGUUACGUUUUAGUAACAUUGUGGCGACCGUGACAGGACUCUAAUUGAAGAAUUUUAAGUGUUGGCGAAUUUUAUCAAAAGCGUGUUCAAAAUGGAUGCCAUGAAGAGAACUCGAACGAUCCAUAGAGCAGCUUUUACAAAAACUCUGAGUGAAUUGAAUGGACUUCUGGAGGACGAAGAUCCUGAUAAGGAUCAGAUCGCGAUUAUUUUUGAAUUACUGCAAGAAAAAAAUGAGCGAAUUGGAUAAGGCCUUGAUAGCGGUUUUCAAUGUGAUUCUUUCACAAGACGCGAGUGUGGAUAUCAGCGCCAUUUUUGAAACUGAAAGAGCGUCUACUGAUGAAUAUCGGAAACGAUUUCUGUCUACGAAAAGAAAAGUGUCUCAUUUUUUAGAGCAGUGUCAAAGGGUAAGAUCUGUUAAUUCAACUCUGGUAAUAGUGCCUGUGAAUAAUAAAAAAGUUUUUCAAUUGCCAAAAAUUGAAAUUGUGAAAUUUUCUGGAAAUGUGCGUGACUGGUUAAUGUUCUGGAAUCAGUUUCGAAAAAUUCACGAGGACCCGGACAUCGACGCGGAAGAUAAGUUUCAGCAUCUGAUUCAAUCGACAGAACCAAAAUCUCGAGCUUUUGAGUUGGUAAUUAGCUCUCCGCCUACGAGAGAAAAUUAUGAAAAAGUUAUUUCUAGUUUAAAAAAUCGGUACGGUAGAGACGAAUUACAAGUAGAAGUCUAUGUACGUGAAUUAUAAAGUCACGUUUUAAAUAACGUAAUACGAGAAAAAGGAAAGGUCUCUCUUGUUAAUUUGUACGAUAGACUAGAAACAGUUAGUACAAUGUGCAAUGCGAUUCGGGUAUGUCUGUGGAUGGAGAUUGCCUCCCAAAUUACAGAUCUCCAGAGGAGACAAUUCCAAAUCAACGUCAUGAGCCAACGCUUUUCUACUAACUAGAGACCUAGGAAUAUACAAUUUGUACCCGCAAUCGUUAUCCCUCAUGGAAACAAUCAAACAGUUGGCAAGUAUCCAGAUGGAGGAGGUCACUUGAUUGAUUGACUCCGUUAGCCACCACCACACGAUAGCAAUCCUAUUAUAUUUGCCAAUCUUCUGGUUUGGUUUUAAGGUCAUAAGAAUAUGUAAUCGUCUGACCAGAAAAAGUUUGUAAGGCAGAUGCAGAUGUAGCCCGAAUUUCAUCCCGAACGACAGUUACUUGAUCCAAGGAAUCAGAUUCACAUGGGGGGUAAAUCUGAAGAGAUAGGUCAGUGAUGGAUGUUGUCAUAGCCUAAGGAACAUCAUGUGGUGACGAAGGUUCAGGUUCCAUGAGAGCAGAAUGUAAUUGAGCAGAUGACAGAAAGUUUGCCCCUUUUUCAGGAGGCGAAAGUUUUACCCAAUUUCGAGGAGCACCAACAAGCAGAGGAACCAAAGGCAUAGAGCGCAACGAAGACCCCGAAGGGGCUGAAGUUAGACUGUCUACAGAAUUAAGUGUCAAUCCUAGCUUGAUGAUAGAGGGAUCCAUACGAAAAUUCCUACUUCCUAGGUGUUAUUGGAGCCAUAUCUAGACUCAAAAAGAAUUCAUCAAACCCGAAUCAAAAAGAACCAGGCGGCACCAAAUGAGGGUCUAAAUCCUACUCAAUAGUAAAAAGUAAUACGGAAACAAAAAUCACCUAUUGAGUAAGAACUUAUAAAAGGAAAGCAAAAUAAACAAAUAAAUAAGAAUAAAAACUAAUAAUUAACAAAAUGAAACAAAGAUAGAUAGAAUAAAAUAGAACAAAUUAAUAGGUCAAAAAACAAAUAAACAACAACAAAAAAAUAAUAAAUAUAAAUAAAUUAGCAGUUAAACAAUUAAAAUGUUUCAAUAAAAGUAAAACAAAACGGUAAUUCAAACUAUAGAACUGGCAUAAAGCUGUGUUACACUAAAAUUAUAAGGUUUAUAUGGCUCAUUUCAUUUAAAUUGUCAUAUUCGUGUCCCUUGCCAAAAAAAAUUAUUUGAUAUAACCUUAGUUGAAAUUAAUUUGUUUAUAUAGUAAAAAGCAAUGAUUUUUAAUAAAUUUUCUACUUACAAGGACAUAAAAGUGAUUUUCAUAAUAUUGGUAGAACAAAAAGCAGGCAAAAUGUCAUAAGUGUAAUGCGUCCCCGGAGACAUUUUCAAUGUUCAAAUGAAUGAAAUGUCGAAAAUAUAGUGUUUAAACCAGAUUAAAAAAAAUGUUUCGUGAAGUAUUAGUUCUAUAUUUAAGGAAAAUCAAGUGUUGGUAAUUAAACUUUAUUUUAUACAAUUUACAGAAAAUGAAAAUGACGUGUCCCUCACUUUUGUAUUUUUACGUUUUGCCGGCAGAAUUUUCAACUUUUACCUGCUAUUUAAAUUACCUUAUGAGCAAAAAAAUUUCUUUACCAUCGCAUAAACAGCAGAACACAACAACGAAGUGUGUGAAAAAAACGAAAACGAUAUAAGUAUAAAUCUGCUCGUUUGUCAUGGUGGCAGAAAAAGCCGAAACACUUUCGUAAUUGAAUUUCUGUCAACAGUGUAACGCCUUGAAAAUGGUUAGAAAAUAUUUUGAAUUUUAUAUCGGUAUGGAAUUGAAUGUAUUUUUGGAUUCUCUUUCGAAUGAGACCAACCCCGUCGAUAUAAGUAUAACCGUUUUCAUUUUAUAAACGAAAAACGAGCAAAAUGUCAACAGUGUAAUGGUCAUAAGUGUAAUGCAAAUUUUUAUAUAUGGCUUCAGUAAACGUAAUAAAUCACAGAGGCCUACAAAAUAAAACUUUUUUCUUUUAUCUUGAUAUCAGAAUGGUUUCUAAUGUAUUUUUGGGUGCUGAACACGAUCCCGGAUCUUAAAAUUGCCUAGCAUGUCAGGAUUUUGAAAAAAGUGGGGGUAAAAACCCCCAAGAAACAUGUUGUUAUGGGUGUUUAAUAUGAUUUUUCUCAUUAACCUGACGUGGUAAAAACUUCAAAAAAGUUUUUAGAUUAUAGCAUAAUUCGUGUACUACAUGACCCGUACACGCAACCCUCUUCCCUAAUUUUUUCCAUAAAAUGGAGUUAUAACCCACCCUCAAAAAAUUUUUAUUUUAAUUCCUUCGGCGAAAUGAAUAGAUGUGACGUUCCAUGAGGAAAGGGACCUUAGCUGCAAUAGACGCAUUUUCCAGAAAAGAUAUUUAAAGUAGAGCGUCCCUGAUUGGUUGAGACCCUCCAUCGAAAAUCAGCCCCACCACCUUACUACUACAUCGUUCCUACAGCUCACGCUUACGACAAGUAUACUAGUGUAGAAGUGGUGGGGAUGGUUUCUGUAGUCCGUGCUGGAACGCGAUUAACAUGGUCAUGAUUAAUGCUUUAUAACAAAAAAACUAAAUAGAAAAGUACAAUUUUUAACUUUUGUAUCUGAAAGAGCAACUCAAGAUCUAUCGACUGAUAUCAAAAACUCAAUUUUCAUUUUUUUGCAGCUAAGGUGCAUUCUAAGGUAUAUUCAUAAUGUAUAAGGACAUAAAUUUUGCAUUUUGCCUAUAUAAUUUUUAACCCCUUCGCAGUCCAGUUAAAAAUCACUUAUAGGCCUAAUAAGGUUCCAAACAGAGCUUUCAAAAAAAUAUGAUUUCAUCGUAUUUAAGAUUUUUGGGUUCAUCUGUCAUCAAAUUCGAAUUCAGCGACCCCGAAAACCCCUGAGAAACAAAUUUCGACCGAAUCGCAUCAGUCUUGAAAUUAUCCGCCAUAUUUGGUCGCCAUAUUGGAUCCACCAUUUUAAAUUUUGAAAAUCUGACGUCAUAUUUGUAAUUAGUAACCCAAAAAGCCCUAAGUAACGAGUUUCAAGCGAAUCGAAUCAACUUCUAAAUUUUCAUGGUUGCUAUUUUGGAUCGGCCAUUUUGAAUAUUUUAAAUCUGCCUUCAAUUUCAGAUUCAGCGACCCCAAAAACUUCAGUAUAUUUAUCACCAGUCAAAUCGAAUUAUAUUUAGUAUUAUUAUUUUAUCAAAAAUUGACAGAAAAUUUUUUUUAUAAGAUAUGACGAUGUCUGCCAAAAAAAACCGUCUGCCAUAAGAAAUAUAUGACUUUAAUUUUGUGACCACUAUUUAUUUUUUUAAUUUAACAUGUUAAACUGUAUAAAAAAAUUAGUUUCAACCUUAAAAUCAAAAUUUUCCAACUCAACUUUUCUGGAAGCUGAAUAUGACAAUUUAAAUGAAAUGAGCCAUAUAAGGUUUUUAUCGCUUUGGGUGGAAUUUGAAGUUGUAGUUUUAUGUAAACAAAAAUUUAAAAAUAAUGGGCUGCGAUUUAGAAUGUAUCUAUGGAAUGGCCUGAAAAAGGUGUCAAUAUUUGAAAUUAUAAAAUGUUACGAACCGAAAAAAAUAUUAAUUAUAGAAAUUAUUAUUUUUCUAUGUCCUGGAGGCACCAAGCUGCCGAAAUUAAAAAUUCCGUUUAAUUUUAUGGGAUCGUGUAUCCUUUUUUAGAAGAAAACUGCCAAGUUACGUUAUUCGGAAUUGAAUUUAAGGGAUAAGACACAAUGAAACAAUUAAGACCCUUUUAUACAUUUAUUAUAAAAAGAAAUCUUUGAUUUUAAAAUGUUGAAAUAAUACAAUAAGAUAAGAAAAUGGAACGAUACAUGUUAAAAAAAACUUACUACGCUGCUUAUUCUACCGUCGCUAGCUAACGAGGGCGAGGCGUCGAGCUGCUAUCCGACGGGCGAAAAAAAAAUAUACACACUUGUCAAGCGCGAAAAUGUCUAUUGGUAGCGCACGAAAAUUGCACUCACGGGUCCACCGAAUCUAAACAGCGCAGGCACCACACGUGCGGACUGGCCGGUCAAAAAGACAAAAAUUCAAUAAUUUGAUUUUAUUCAAAUUACUGGAUUUUUAUUAAAGACGACUUCCGUUGGACUUCGUCGGCGUGAAGUAUUUAUUUUAACUUUUCGUCCGUCCAAUUUUAAUCACUAUCUAUGUAGUGGAUUGCAAAAAUUGAAAAACCGACUCACGGACGGGCUUAGUCCCGGCGUCUCAAAAUCGUUUUUAUGCCUCUGAAAAAUUUCAGAGCUGACUCGCGAAUGAGAGUUGUACUGCAAUUAAUUGACUUCCGCGAUGCACUUUUAUAUGAACGUUUAAAGACUUCAGGUGGGAAAAUUUUGUGGACUAAGGGUUUUUAACACGUGAACAAGGCGUGAGCUCUGGGCCUGUUACUAUGCCAAUAAUGCUGAGUUUUUAUUUUCUUUUAAUGGUAUAGCCAAAUAUAAUAAUAUGCACUUGAUAAAAUCAAGCAUAAUUAUUAUUGAAAAGACUUGUUGUCCUUUGGAUUUAUUUUAUGAAUUUUCCUUGUUGGAAAAUGAUUUGAUUUUUGGUAUUUUUACCCCCUUUUUUUUUUUUUAUUUGCGACAAUUACAACUUUGAUGUUGUGUUGUCAUGAGCAUGUAAGUUUGUUAGGCCCAGAAUACGUUAUAUAUAAAAAAUGGGGGGGGGGGGGUAGAGUAAGGAAGGAUGGAAGCUGAAGAAUUACGUUCAAGGAAAAGCUCAUCGCGUAGAUUUAUUUGAACUAUUAUUAUUAUAUCCUUUUUUUUCGCGAGAAGUCCAAUUUCUAAUGUAGCUCCUGUACUUAUCCAUACUCAUUUUAGACCCGCAAGUGACAAUAUCGUGCCUCACAAAACAAGGUAUCCAUUAUUAUCACUUGCAAUCAAUAAUUCUGUUAAAUUUUAAAUUAUGAACAUUGCCGCAGCGUCCAAUGCAUUCAGGGAGCUGCCGCAAUGUUCGUUAACGCACUCGCAACAUUCGCAACAUUACCAUUCGCUACUUCCUUCAAUUUUAAGUGGGGAACAUUGCCGCAACGUUUAAUGCGCUUAGAACGCUGCCGCAAUGUUCAUUAACACAUUCGCAACAUUCCCAUUUACUAACUUCUACAAUUUUCGUUUGGGAACAUUGCCGCAACGUCCAACGCACUCAGGGCGCUGCCGCAAUGUUCGUUAACGCACUCGCAACAUUCGCAAUAUUACCGUUCGCUACUUUCUUUAAUUUUAAGUGGGGAACAUUGCCGCAACGUUCAAUGCGCUCAGAACACUGCCGCAAUGUUCGUUAAUACAUUCGCAACAUUCCCAUUUGCUAACUUUUACAAUUGUGGUUUGGGAACAUUGCCGCAACGUCCAACGCAUUCGGAGCGUUGCCGCAAUGUUCGUUAACGCAUUCGCAACAUUUGCAACAUUAAAUUCAAAGAUUGUCGAUUAUAUUUCAUAUAUAUAAUGAUUUUCACCUUUUAAGGUUAUAUUUAAUUAUAAAUGCUCGUAGAAAUCUGAAAUUAUAUUAGAGUACAUGCACAUAUAUCCAUUAGUGAUAUUUGCGGUUUACAUUUUAAUUCUAAAUAGUUAUAAUAAUAAUAUGUGCACACAUAACAUUCCAAGAAUAAGGCCCGAGUCCGUUCCCAUCGCAUUAUGCUGACGAUUGAAUUUUUAUUAUCAAAGUAUUGUGUUAAAAUUUACGAAAAGUAAAUUUCAGCACAAUAAAAAAAUUAAAUUUUUAGGUACCACCGUGACAAACCACCGUGAAUAUUCCCGUUUUUGUCCCCAAAAACUAAAAGCGAUGGAAACGAAAUCGGGCUUAAAAAAAAAUUAGUAAACAAUUACAUAUAAAAAAAAAACGAGAGAAUAGAAUCAUUAGGUUUUUCUUUAUAAAGAAUUUGUGCUGAUUCUUUGUCUGGACGUUGGUGCCAGAGAAUCGGAUGUGGAGCAUCAGGUUGCACUGAUAAGGACCAAGGAGCUGCACGUGUAGCAGUCUCCGCGGUCCAGACACAGGUCCCCGCAGUCAGUUCGCUGGUAGCUCGUAAUCGGUCAACACAUUGUAUUUAUACCCCCUUUUUUUUUUAACUGUUCUCCCUUUUUUUUUAUUUAUAAAAAAAAAAAUUUUUAUUUCCUUUUUAACACGCGCGGAACGGGAGUGUAGUGCACCGUGAAAAAAAAAACUGUGUUUUUUUUUUUUCUUAAAAAGAAAAAUAGUGUUAAGUGAAGGUGACAUAAUGGAUCAUCGCCAGAGCUUAUUAGCCCUUCUAGAGAAGGUAAAAGGGAUGCGACCUGCCCGCGAUCAGGAAAAAAAAGAGCGUGACCCUGAUGAGGAGACAAGCCGACACAUUGAAAGGCUAGCUGGGUGCAUCCGACUGCACAACACGAUUGGCCAAAUUGGGGGGGAGAGAGGGUUUUUGAUGGAAUUUGGAAGUUGGGGGCGAGCGCCUGUGCGAGGGGACGAAGAAGCACUAUGGUGCUUGGACCCCGUGCUGCGGAACAGUAGCCCCAAAAAACGGUACUCUCGAUGCCAAUGGUACCAGGAGUACCGUUGGUGCGAGAGCACGCGUUCCUAUAUGUGCCGAGGCUUCUGGGCAGUUCCCUUUUUUGCUGAUCCGACCAUCGUCAGGGAGGCGGUUGGGGACUUCCCUAUUCUUCAGGGAUGGUGGAGACCUGGCCGAGAUAAGUCUAUAUGGAAACUUCGUUCGCUCCCACCAGUGCCGCCCCAGGUUGGGUUUCAGCCUUUAAGCAGUGCCUUCGCCCUCUCCUUCCUCCAGUGUUUCUACUGGACCAGGGAGGGCCAAGCCAGGACUCGUGCUAGAUGGCAAUUGAAAAUCCGGGUUCCAGUAAGCAGGGUGUGGCAGGAAGUUGGUCAGGAGGGUUACCUGCUGGAGCCAUUCAUGUAGGCUGUCUCCCCCCAGGCCAGAAGACACGUCCUCCCUCCCUUUUCGCGCGUGGCAUUUUUUUUUUUCUAUUUAAUUAAAAUUUUCUUCUUCUUUUUUUUUUUUUGUAUGAUUAUAUAAAAAAAUAAAAUAAGACUU